AUGGCGUUUGUGACGACUGCGGAAGUUUGUGACGCGAAUCAAGAGCUGAUUCGGAGUGGUCAGCUUCGAGCUUUGCAACCCGUUUUCCAGAUUUAUGGACGUCGACAAAUAUUCUCAGGUCCAGCUGUUACUGUCAAAGUAUUUGAAGACAAUGGCUUGAUCCGUCAAUUCCUCGAGGAGAAAGGAAACGGUAGAGUUCUUGUGGUGGAUGGUGGAGGAAGUCAACGAUGUGCCAUACUUGGAGGUAACCCCGUGGUUCAAGCUCAGAACAACGGAUGGGCAGGGAUCGUUGUGAACGGAUGCAUCAGAGACGUCGAUGAAAUCAACGGCUGUGAUAUUGGAGUGAGAGCUGUGGCUUCUCAUCCGAUAAAGGCGAGUAAGAAAGGACUUGGAGAACAACGAGUACCUGUUAAUAUUGCAGGGACUCGGAUUUGUGAUGGAGAAUGGGUUUAUGCAGAUACUGAUGGGAUUCUUGUCUCGCAGAUUGAGCUAUCUGUUUAA